AUGCAAAGUUGUGGAUCCAGCAGUCGGAUUCCUAUCGCCUCUGCGAUCGAUAGUAGUUUGGAUCGUACCAGUCGUGGUCCGUUCAGAGGUACCCAUCAUAUACCGGGUACCUCUGAACGGACCACGACUGGUACGAUCCAAACUACUAUCGAUCGCAGAGGCGAUAGGAAUCCGACUGCUGGAUCCACAACUUUGCAUCCAAAAGAAAAUUGUGCGACCUCUGAACUUGAACUGGCCUACGAAACAUCUGGUCCCACAACUUGUCCCACUGUAACUGCUGCAGAGUAG